CGUCUCUGGGGGUGCUGCUAUAUCUACCGGCAAUUCAUUGAUCAGCCCGAAUUGACUGCGACUGCUGAAGUGCUUUUUCUGGAUCGCACGAGCUCAAUACCAUCCUAAUUCUCCUCCUUGAUCUCCCCGCAGCAAGGCACGGCGUCUCCGGGCGCUCCCUCCGACUUUAGAUAGAACGACAUCUCCGACAACUUUCCUCCUUCUCCACCCGGCCUGUGUCUGUCAUUCCGUCGAUAAUCAAUCGCGACUUUCCCUCGAUUGGAGGGUUUCUUCUGGAGGCUAUACAGUCCCCCAGUUAGGGUAUCCAAAUUGAUACAGCAUUACCUACGCACCAUGGUCGGAAAGAAAUCGGGAAAGGCUCUCCUUCGGGAUGAAGGCCUGGAACGAACGGAUAACAAUAUGGAAUUGUCAAACUGGCCUCAAGUCCCUGCGAUCAACCAGAAGAACUACUAUACGGAUUAUCUAAAACGGGACGACCAGUAUCUGGCAUUCAGAUUUCAGAAUGAAGAAAAUCGGAAUCAGAUGGCCAAAACGGCCAAGGAUCGAGACCGUGCUCUGGCUAUGGCCAAGGCAAAUGACUUGGGCAUUCCCGAGCCAGAGGCGGAUGGCGAUGGCGACACCAACAUGGAAGAUUCCGAAGAAGCUGCGGCAGAAACGGCUGGGUCCAAGGUUAUCGUGAUCCAUGUCGGUAGCCAGAACUUGCGGAUCGGACUGGCUAGCGAUGCCUUACCGAAAACCGUCCCGAUGGUGAUUGCGCACAAGUCCACUACGAACGAGGCCGAGGAUCACGAAGAACCAUAUCCCAAGCGGCAGAAGAUGGACGAUGGCUCUGAAAUGGAGCCUGAGAAACAAUUCGGUCCUGAGUUUGCAUCACAAUAUACGACCAUGUGUGCGGAAUUGAAGACGCACAUGCGACAGAACAAGCGCCGGACCCUGCCAAACUCAAAGGAAAUGGUCAUUAACUAUAACCGAAGAACUGUCCCAGAGCCUAUCUCCGAACACAAUGAUCCAUUGCGCGUGGAUUGGACCGAACUUUCGAAUCCUCCGCCGGAACACAUUGCAGGCCAACCGGCGCUCAGAAUCCCAGACGAGUCGAAACCACGCUAUAAACUUUAUUGGCCGUUACGAUAUGGGUGGUGCAACGAAAGAGAUUAUAAGAGCAAACGACUCAUGUUCCUGGACUUCUCGCUGAUCCUGGAACAUGCAAUCCAGAGCCAGCUAGGCCUCACUAGCAAGAAGGAAUGGCCACAGUACUCAUGCGUCUUUGUCAUCCCGGACCUGUAUGAGAAAGCAUAUGUCUGCCAGAUGCUGGAGAUGCUGAUGAAGGAGUUUGCGUUCGCCCGCGUCUGUUUCAUCCAGGAGAGUCUCGCUGCCACCUUUGGGGCUGGGUUCACCUCGGCGUGUGUGGUCGACAUUGGCGCGCAAAAGACGUCGAUAUGCUGUGUGGAAGAGGGAAUGUGCAUCGAGAACUCUCGCGUAAACCUGAAAUACGGGGGCUCAGACGUGACAGAAACGUUCAUCAAAAUGAUGCUUUAUGAUCAUUUCCCUUACGCCGAUAUCAACCUGUGGCGGAGAUACGAUUAUCUAUUGGCGGAGGAGCUCAAGAAGAAGAUCUGCACUAUGAAUGAAGCCAGCGUCUCAGUACAAGUGUUUGAUUUCCACCUCCGCGUCGCUGGCCAGGACACGAGGAAAUACGCCUUCAAGGCGUAUGACGAGGUCCAUCUAGCUCCCAUGGGCUUUUUCCAGCCCUCCAUAUUUGACAAUUCUUUGAAAAUCAAGGACCGGAGAACUUUGAUCUCCCCUUCAGUCGACAUAUACGAUGGUCAGCCGAACGACCCGACGUCUGCAGCGCAGUCAGAGAUUCUCUCUUUGGUUGCCCCUCCCACCGCUAGUACACAAGUGAAUGGCGAUUCGCAAUCGAGUACACUGGACGUUCAAUCGACACCAAGCCGUUCGCAGCCAGUCAACGCUCUCAGCCGCGUGCAGGAGCUGGAGGCCACUACGCCACGAUCUUCUGUAGCUGGCUCCCCUGGGCCCGAAACCGUCGGCACGCCGCAGGCUGGGGGUGGUGGCACUUCAGGUGGCAGUCAAGCUCAGAAUGCACCGCAGCGUCGUGUACCCACUGUGGAAGAACGGGAUGAUAUUGUCCCUGUUUACCCCCUGGACAAAGCGAUUCUCACGUCUAUUGCACAUGCCACUCGAAAUGAAGAGCGCAAGAUGCGAGAUUUCCUUGGUGGAAUCAUGAUCGUGGGGGGUGGAAGCCAGGUCAACGGCUUCCAUGCAUUCCUGGAGGAGCGUCUACAAGCUCUUCGGCCUGGGUUCGCUAAGGAGAUCAUGAUUGGCACGCCUCCUAGAGAUCUUGACCCCCAGGUGGUCGUCUGGAAGGGUGCCAGCAUUUUUGGGAAGCUGAACUCAACCAACGAUAGCUGGAUUGGGCAGUUAGAGUAUGACAGACUGGGGCAUAGGUUGAUGGCAUACAAGUGCAUGUGGUCUUAUUAAUCCGGUGCUUCAUUGUUUACAUGGUUGGUUUGAAUCAUAUGAUAAAGAUAAUAAUGCUAGUCCUUGAUAUUAUAGCUUUCAUUCUAGC